UGUUGUUGAGCUUUCUGAAUGGAAAUAGGGAAUGUGAUAAAAUAUGAAACUGAUAAUGCUACUUCUAAUACAUGGGGAAUAACAUAAAAUUAAAAUAACGUUCUAUAAAAAGUUUUCAUUGAAAACCAAAGCGGCAAUCAACCUACUGCAGCUUAACACUGUAAAAACUUAGCCACUUUAGUACGACGUGUACUCUAUCAAAUGAGUAUAUAUGAGAGCAUUGCUAGUGCUCAAAGCAACCAACCUCCACUCCCGGGGCAGUCUCCACGACAAAAUGAUUCCCAUAGUAACCCCACAACGAAAGAGGAAAAACCAGAUAUAUGCAGAGACUUCGUGUGGGGCAAUUGUACCAAAGAUACACAAUGCCGGUUUCGCCACGAGCUUAUAUUUGAGGAAAUGAAAACUAUUCUAAAAUUUUGUCGCGACUACCAAAACUCGUCGGGUUGUAUACGCGAAAAUUGUACGUAUCUUCAUACGACAAAAGAGGAGCAGAACCUGUUCUUCACGGAACACAAGUUGCCGCGGGUGCUCGCCGAGCGCCACGAAGCCCUACGCAUGCCCCCGCCGCUGCCGCGGGCGCCGCCGAUGCCGCCUAUGCGGCCGCCGCUGCCGUCCGUCAGCAUGGCGCCCAUGCUGAUGAUGUCGACCCUGCCGCCGCCCCCGCCGCCGCCGCCGCCCCCUCCGCCGCCGCCCACGCAGACGUCGACCCCUGCUCCCGCACCACACAACCCCACCUACACUGCUCCAGUCCCACAAGGCACAUCACUCAGUUUCACCCUCGCUCAGCCCCCGCCAGCGGUACCAGACUUCAAUCCAUCCGUGCCUCCUCCCAUGCCGACGCAUGGUCAGCUACAAAAUGGUACCAUUAAAAGGUUGUCCACUAAUAGUGAUGCUGGAGCAUGCAAAAAAAGACGGACAGAGGACGGCAUAGGUGUGGACACUCUGUGUGAAAAGUGUCUCCAGUGUGUGCGCAGCAUCGAAGAGUAUAAGGAGGAGAUCAAUAAACUCUCAGCCGAGGAGGAGUAUCUUAUGUUGACGUACAAGGAGAAAUUUGAGGACUACAACAGUAAGAAGGAGCUGCUGCGCUCUCUGAUCAGCUCGGACAUGUUCCGAUUUGUUGAGGAGUGUGUGGAAGGCGUUUCACCUCUUGACGUUUUAGCACAAUUAAACUUAAGUUCGCUACUAACGGGUACGUCGUCAAUACCGAAGCAGUUUUUGAUGCAGCGUAUGGACUUUUUUAGCAACAACAGAAGCGUGGAUCCUGUAAACCCGAUACAGCGACUAGAAGAGUUGCUGUCAGCGGCGGCGCGGCGCAGCUCGUCGGGGGGCGUGACAGGAGGCGGCUCCGGGGGCGGCCUCGUGACAGGAGGCGGCGCCGGGGGCGGCCUAAACGGGGACACCUUGCGCGCCACGCUCUCCAUAUUAGACCUGCUGACCGGCGGCAGCGGUUCGUCAUCGUCAUCGUCGACAGCGUCGACGAGCGCGGACGUGGAGUCGUGGCUGACGAGUCCCGCGCCCGCCACGCCCCCCGUCGCGCCAGCAGUCCCGCCCCCCGCCCCGCCCCAAGCCGCGCCCCAC